GGACUUGUUGAAGAAGAAGGCGGCUGAGAGAAGAUGUCUGCUGCUGCUGGUGGAGGAGCAGCAUCUCCUCCAUCCUCCCACACAUGAGUCAACAUGGCCGCGGAGCAGCAGCACUGAGACGCGGACCACAACAACACUCAGACUGAAUGGCGUUCAUGUCCCGGUUCUCCCGGUCCCCGAACCGAAAGGACUCCGGGGGGCGCGCCUCCCCGACGCUGACGGUGUCCGAGCUGGAGCGGCUCCUGUGCACCGGAAAGACCGCCUGCAACCACGCGGACGAAGUGUGGCCGCGGCUCUACAUCGGGGACCAAGACAUCGCGUCAGAUCGCCGUGAGCUCGCCAAACUGGGCAUCACUCACAUCCUCAACUGUGCGCAGAGCAAGUGGCGCGGCGGAGCCGAGAACUACGCCGGGAUGAGCGUCACCUACCACGGCAUCGAGGCCCACGACUCGCCGACCUUCGACAUGAGCGUCAACUUCUACCCGGCGGCCGAGUUCAUCCACAAAGCGCUCACGAGUGGAGGUAAGGUUCUGGUCCACUGCGCGGUGGGAGUGAGCCGCUCCGCCACGCUGGUUCUGGCCUACCUCAUGAUCCGGCAGAACCUGACGCUGGUGGAGGCCAUCAAAACCGUGAAGGACCACCGAGGCGUCAUCCCCAACCGGGGUUUCCUCCGCCAGCUCAACGGCCUGGACGGCAUCCUGAGGGAGAGCCGUAAGACGUCACCGCAGAGCUGAACACACACACACACACACACGCACACACACACACACGCACACACACACACACACACACAAAUCUGUUUAUUUAUCUUUUCAUUUAUUUUAAUUUUUCUUAUUGCGUAACGUCCUGUUGUUGUUUAUUCGUGUUUGAGCCUCUGAAACAACACAAGUCAUUUCAUUUAAGACAAGUCGGUUUUAUUGAUCACAAACAACCUGUGAGUUGGCCAUAGAAGGUCAAAGGUCACGCGAUCAACAGGCGGGAACCACUUGUCUCUUUUUACUCAAACUUCAGAACAUUCCGGAUGUUCAGAACAGAGAAGAACAAACACUGCAGUCAACAGGAAGUCUCCUCUUUUCUUCUUCAGGAAAUAUCUCAAAAGAAAAUGUGUGGAGGGCUUCUCAAAGGUCUUUAAAACGAGAUAAAUCAUCCUGGAAGAAGAUGAAAUUAUAUAUAAAAUCUUGAAAACUGUCUGUCACUUAAACUCACCUUAUUAAAGUUGCUAAAAGGAACGUCCUUUCCCGUGUUGGUUCUGGCGCCCCCUGUGGACUAAAGUGGUAGUGUUGGUUCUGGUGCCCCCUGUGGACUAAAGUGGUAG